AUGUUAUGUACGGAGUACCGUUCUGUACACGUGUGUACAGCUCGUAGAAAGGCACUCAAAGACCGUCACAUCGCUCUCCCCUCACCAAACGUGCUGCUUUGUCUUCCCUUGUCUCUUACCAAGACAGCCCUCUAA